AUGUCUCCGAUCCGAGAGCUACCAGCACCUGUUGGGGUGGAACCGCCAAACAAGCUCAGCAUGAUUCUUGGACAUUUUCUGCCCCCAGCUGUAAACGUGAGAAGCAUUCAAUCCUUGGAUGGCCACCUGCAUUCUCUUCGUCUCCUCACACUAUCCAACGGUGCCCGGCUGCUUUUGAAAAGCGCUCCAAGAUCAACAACCCCGCUUCUACGACGCGAACAAUCUCUGCUGUGGACAGAAGCACGGGUGCUGAGCCUUCUGAAGCAGAGCUCAGUACCAUGCAUUCCCUCACUUCUUCAUUAUGAGCAGCAGAAUACCCGCCUUGGGCCGGCCUUCCUUCUGCGGCAAUACCUCCCUGGCCCAACAUUGGACGAAAUGGCAAGCCGGCUUACCACUCAGGGUCGGCAGGACAUCGACCGGCAACUGGGCUUCUUAGUAAAUGUGAUCGGGCAACACAUUGCCCACAAUUUCGGGUCUCUUGAACAGGUCGCUUUGGGAACAGGGACACGAUCAUGGCGGGAAGCCUUCCUUGCCCUGUUCGAAAGUAUUCUUCGUGACUCGGAAGAUGUCUUUGUUCAUCUACCCUACGCAGAGAUCCGACAUCAGAUCUGUCGGUUGUCCCCAGUCUUAGACGACGUCAAAGUACCACGGCUCGUGAUAUGUGAUUUUGGGCGACCCUCGACCGUACUACUAGACCCGGUUUCAAAGAAACUAUUAGGGGUUGUGGGGCUCGGCAGUGCACUCUGGGGCGAUGUAUACCUGGCGCAAAUCUUCGAAGACCCAUCCCCGGCCGUGCUGGAUGGGUUUGCAUCGCGACAUAUAGGAAGUGAGCCGCAUUCGAUUCGACAGUUAUUUACUAUCGAAACCGAGACUCGAGUGCAGAAAUUGAAGCAAGGAGGCGCUUGA